AUGAAGAUCCUCAACCUUAAUGUUAGAGGGUUGGCCAAUAGGGUCAAGUGGAGGGGCAUUAGAGAAUUGGUAGUAGCUAAAAAGGUGGAGAUGAUUUUGAUUCAGGAAACGAAACUACAAACUGUGGAUGCCUUGAUGUGCGGCCUGAUAUGGGGAGAUAAUGAUUUUGAGUGGAAGGUGGUACCAGCGGUAAAUAGGGCGGGAGGACUACUUUGUGUGUGGCGCAAAGAUCUCUUUGUUUUACAGAACGUUAUGGUGGGAGUUGGAUUCAUGGGGCUGGUAGGAACUUGGGGGAUUCAAACCCAGGUGUGUGCAAUUGUAAAUGUUUACUCUCCUUGCAACCUUGAGGAGAAGCGUAGAUUAUGGGCGGAACUUGUAGCUUGGCGUCAUGCAUCUCCAGAUACUAGUUGGUGUGUGGCGAGUGAUUUUCAUGCGGUUCGAUGUACGGAGGAAAGGAAGGGAGUUGCAGUACUACCCCAGGGAGGAGCAGAAAUGGAGGAGUUUAACCGCUUUAUUGACACCAUGGAAGUUAUGGACAUCCCACUGGUUGAUCGGAAAUUUACUUGGUUUAGACUAAACGACAAUCUAUGA